GCGCGUCAAAUCUAACUAACUUUAGUUACUUGAAUUCUACUCCUCGUAUUUAUUCCCCUUUUAUGGCAAUACCGCUAGCCUUCGGGAGAGGAAGAUCGAGGUUCAUAUGCUUUUACCAUCGAUCCCUACCCUCUUCAUCCCGAGUUUUCAUCACAACGGUCUGCUCUUCUUGUAUUUUGAGAACGCUGAUCACAUCCCGACUAUCGGUUUCCUUCCUGACGAAUCGCAUUAGUAAAGCGGUGGAAAAGACGGUUGAGAGACUUACAAAGCGCGUCUUCCAGGAUGAAAAAUUCGUAACCGAAUCACGCCAAAAGCUGGAGAAGGCGGCAUCGAUGAAGGAGACCCUCGCAGAGCGUUUGGAGCGGCAGCGGGUUCUAGGGAUGCGUUGCAUUCCCAAUGCAAUACGCGUUGAUAAGACCAAACAGUACAUCUAUUUUACCUGGCCUGCCGAGAUGUGGACCGCAGGAAAGCACAUCGCCACCGUUCAACCUUCCGGCUUGGUGACUUCUUCAGCUAGUGCGGAGACCAACCUACCGACGACAGACAAAUGGAGGGAGCAGGGAGAUGUGAGGGAGCAUUCUACCAGCGCACUGGCGGAAUACCUGCGGGCCUACACCUCUAGUACGGAUGGCAGUUAUGCCAACAACAAUGUUCUGAUCUACGGUCGCCGCGGCAUCACCAUCCAGGACGUCUUCCCGGUUGGCAACUAUGCCAUACGUGUCGUUUUCUCAGAUGGACACACAGGUGGUAUCUUCACUUACGAAUACUUGUACUUUCUAACUUGUUCUGAAAAUAAGUAUGGCCUCAUGCGAGAUUACAUCAAGCGAUUGCGAGAGAAACGUAAAUCGCGUGAUCCGCCUCGUCGGAUGCCUUCGCGAAGAGAACUCCCAAAGAGGAAUCAACCGUAG